AUGGGUCGAGCCCGGCUUCCACCUCCUCAACCCCUGCACUGGUCAAUUGGUCGCCGGAAUCCUCUCCACGACUUCACUAGAAUCCAAUCCCUCGAAGUCAAAAUAGAGACCAAAACCAAGUUGUAUUCCAAAACAUUAAGUGAGGGGGAGGCAAGAAAGCUUUUUCAGCAAUUGAUAGAUGCAGUGGACUACUGUCACAAUAAAGGUGUAUAUCAUAGAGAACUAAAGCCAGAAAACUUGCUUUUGACCAGUAAUGGAGAUCUCAAAAUAUCUGAUUUUGGACUUAGUGCAUUGAGUAAGCCUGGUGACUUGUUGUCAACUAAAUGUGGUUCUCCAAGCUAUGUAGCUCCUGAAGUAUGUUGCUGCUCAAUUAUAUUUUGUUGAGUUUAAUUGUGUACAGAGAAAGAAAAAUUGUCAGCUUAAAAUGAUUGAGCAUAUAUUUUUGUACAAACAUCAUACCUAAAUUUCUUUCGAUCACACUAUUGAUGCUUUCAUGUAUUCAUCAACAGCUACUUGUAAACAAGGGCUAUGAUGGAGCAGCUGCAGAUGUUUCGUCUUGUGGAGUGAUUCUUUUCUAAUUACUUGCUGGUCAUCUGCCAUUUGAUG